AUGUAUGUCCUAGGAGUUGCGGCAAACCUGAUCUCGGAGCGGAAGGGCGCCGCGCCGGGGGAGGACGCGUGUUUGUUCCUGAGAAAGCCGGAAACGGCCGAGCUGUGGCACCGACGGAUGGGGCAUGCCGGGUAUGAGAACUUGGCGAAGACGGUGCAAGACAACCUUGCUGAGGGUGUCGGCGUGAAACGGUGGGCGUUUAGGGCGCUCAAAACCUCGGUGUGUGAGCCUUGCAUCAUGGGGAAGCAAACGCGGCUCCCCUUCCUGGAAUCGAGGUCGGCGAGCACGGAGCCUCUCGAGCUGAGCCACAUGGACGUCUGCGGGCCGAUGCUGGUCCCCUCGGUCGGGGGUAACCGAAAGUUCGCCACGUUUCCGGACGACUACAGCAAGCUCUCGGUUGUAGUCCCCAUGAAGCAGAAGAGCAAGGUGGCCAAGGUGACCGAGCACGUGAUCAACCGGGUGGAGUUGCAAUCCGGGAAGAAGCUCAGGCCGGUGCGGACGGAUCGGGGGAAGGAGUACGUCAAUAAGGCCCUUAAAGACGUGUUCGGGUUCAAGGGGACGGUUCACGACAAGAUCGCCCCCUACACGGCCGAGCAGAAUGUGUCGGCAGAGCGCCUCAAUCGGCAAUGGAAGAGAAGCGACGGGAGGAUCAUAAUCUCAUGGGACGUCAUCUUUAAUGAGGGCGAGGGGGACAACGGGGUUGUUGAGCUAAGCUCCAACCCCACGGAGGGAUCCCAAGAGGCGGCCGGCGAGCGCGACACCGUGCCCGCACACGCGCACGCGCCCGCGAGCGACCGCUGCCGCGACGCACGCACGAUUUCCGAAACCGACCAAGUUUCGGAAACGGUGCGAGAGCGCAGAGCAGAGCCGGAAGAGAUUGCGGAGGACAUAGGAAUGCCAACAUCGGCUGCUCAGAGGUACCCCGCGCGUGAGAGACACGCGCCUGGUGAGUGGUACCGCGCCAACUUGGCGGCGAAUACGGAAGCCAGAGAACACCCAGGAACGGGGGAGCACUCAGAAGCGCAGAGUUCUCAGGAAGCCGUAGGGGGAGACGAGAGAGGCCUCUGGCGGAAGUCAAUGGACGAGGAAAUGCGUUCUCUAUUGGAGAACGGGACGUGGAAGACCGUCGAAAACCCGGAAAGGGUCAAGCCGGUUCCCAUAAAGUGGGUUUACAAGAUUAAACGGGACGCUCACGGGACUGUGGGGCGGUACAAGUCCCGGCUGGUGGCGAAGGGCUACUGCAGAAGCAUGGGAUUGACUUCGACGAGGUCUACGCCCCAGUGA